UGAGCCGGGGUCUCGCGAGAACAUUCCUUUCCUUCGCAGCGCUACAGCUUUACUCUCGUCGCGACGAGAUCUUUCGAGAUCUUCUCCGCCCCCGCUACCGGUGCCCCAUCUGCGGCCGCUGAGCCGGAGCCGGCCUGAGCAGCGCUCUCCGCUGCCGCUCCCUUCCCAGGGACUUCCCGCGAGGACUCCCUCACGUCCUCCGCUAGCCCCGGCCCCCCGGUCCACGCGGCCCGCACUCUGCGCGCCAGCCCCGCCGGGGUCCGUGUCCUGUUUCGCCGGCCGGACCUGGGCUCGAGCCCGAACUGUAGCCGGCGCCAUGUCGGUGGUGGGCAUAGACCUGGGCUUCCAGAGCUGCUACGUCGCUGUGGCCCGCGCCGGCGGCAUCGAGACGAUCGCUAAUGAGUACAGCGACCGCUGCACGCCGGCUUGCAUUUCUUUUGGUCCUAAGAAUCGUUCAAUUGGAGCAGCAGCUAAAAGCCAGGUAAUUUCUAAUGCAAAGAACACAGUCCAAGGAUUUAAAAGAUUCCAUGGUCGAGCAUUCUCUGAUCCAUUUGUGGAAGCAGAAAAAUCUAACCUUGCGUAUGACAUUGUGCAGCUGCCCACUGGAUUAACGGGUAUAAAGGUGAAAUAUAUGGAGGAAGAGCGAAGUUUUACUACGGAGCAGGUGACUGCCAUGCUUUUGUCCAAACUGAAGGAGACAGCAGAAAGUGUUCUUAAGAAGCCUGUUGUGGACUGUGUUGUUUCGGUUCCUUGUUUCUAUACUGAUGCAGAAAGACGAUCAGUGAUGGAUGCAACACAAAUUGCUGGCCUUAAUUGCCUGCGAUUAAUGAAUGAAACAACUGCAGUUGCUCUUGCCUAUGGAAUCUAUAAGCAAGAUCUUCCUGCCCUAGAAGAGAAACCACGAAAUGUAGUUUUUGUAGACAUGGGGCAUUCUUCUUAUCAAGUUUCUGUAUGUGCGUUUAAUAGAGGAAAACUUAAAGUUCUGGCCACUGCAUUUGACACAACACUGGGAGGCAGAAAAUUUGAUGAGGUGUUAGUAAAUCACUUCUGUGAAGAAUUUGGGAAGAAAUACAAACUAGACAUAAAAUCUAAAAUCCGUGCAUUAUUACGACUGUCUCAAGAGUGUGAGAAACUCAAGAAAUUGAUGAGUGCAAAUGCUUCAGACCUCCCUUUGAGCAUCGAAUGUUUUAUGAAUGAUGUUGAUGUAUCUGGGACUAUGAAUAGGGGCAAAUUUCUGGAGAUGUGCGAUGAUCUCUUAGCUAGAGUGGAGCCACCACUUCGUAGUGUUUUGGAACAAGCCAAGUUAAAGAAAGAAGAUAUUUAUGCAGUGGAGAUAGUUGGUGGCGCGACACGAAUCCCUGCAUUGAAAGAGAAGAUCAGCAAAUUUUUUGGUAAAGAGCUUAGUACAACACUAAAUGCUGAUGAAGCUGUCACUCGAGGCUGUGCAUUGCAGUGUGCAAUCUUAUCGCCCGCUUUCAAAGUCAGAGAAUUUUCUAUCACUGAUGUAGUACCAUAUCCCAUAUCUCUGAGAUGGAAUUCUCCAGCUGAAGAAGGGUCAAGUGACUGUGAAGUCUUUACAAAAAAUCAUUCUGCUCCUUUCUCUAAAGUACUCACAUUUUAUAGAAAGGAACCUUUCACUCUUGAGGCCUAUUAUAGUUCCCUGCAGGAUUUGCCCUAUCCAGAUCCUGCUAUAGCUCAGUUUUUAGUUCAGAAAGUCACUCCUCAGUCUGAUGGCUCCAGUUCAAAAGUGAAAGUCAAGGUUCGAGUAAACGUCCAUGGCAUCUUCAGUGUGUCCAGUGCAUCUCUAGUGGAAGUGCUUAAGUUUGAGGAAAAUGAGGAACCGAUGGAAACAGAUCAGAAUGCAAAGGAGGAAGAGAAGAUGCAAGUGGACCAGGAGGAACCACAUGCUGAAGAGCAGCAGCAGAUGCCAGCAGAAAAUAAGGCAGAGUCUGAAGAAAUGGAGACCUCUCAAGCUGGAUCAAAAGACAAAAAGAUGGACCAACCACCUCAAGCCAAGAAGGCAAAAGUGAAGACCAGUACCGUGGACCUGCCAAUUGAGAAUCAGCUUUUGUGGCAGAUAGACCGAGAGAUGCUCAACUUGUACAUUGAAAAUGAGGGUAAGAUGAUCAUGCAGGAUAAACUGGAGAAGGAGAGGAAUGAUGCCAAGAAUGCAGUGGAAGAAUAUGUGUACGAGAUGAGAGACAAGCUUAGUGGGGAAUACGAGAAGUUUGUGAGUGAAGAUGAUCGUAACAGUUUUACCUUGAAACUAGAAGAUACUGAAAAUUGGUUAUAUGAGGAUGGAGAAGACCAGCCAAAGCAAGUUUAUGUCGAUAAAUUGGUGGAAUUAAAAAAUCUAGGUCAACCUAUUAAGAUGCGAUUCCAGGAAUCUGAAGAAAGACCAAAAUUAUUUGAAGAACUAGGGAAACAAAUCCAACAGUAUAUGAAAGUAAUCAGCUCUUUCAAAAACAAGGAGGACCAGUAUGACCAUUUGGAUGCUGCUGACGUGAUGAAGGUGGAAAAAAGCACGAAUGAGGCCAUGGAGUGGAUGAAUAACAAACUGAAUCUUCAGAACAAGCAGAGUCUGACCAUGGAUCCAGUUGUCAAGGCAAAAGAGAUUGAAGCUAAAAUUAAGGAGCUGAUGAGUUUCUGUAGCCCUGUAGUUUCAAAGCCCAAACCCAAAGUGGAACCUCCGAAAGAGGAGCAAAAAAAUGCAGAGCAGAAUGGACCAGUGGAUGGACAAGGAGACAGCCCAGGCCCUCAGGCUGCCGAGCAGGGUGCAGACACAGCUGUGCCUUCGGAUUCAGACAAGAAGCUUCCUGAAAUGGACAUUGAUUGAUUCCAACAAUUGUUUAUAUUAAAACAGACUAUUAUAAA